CGGGCCUAAUCCAGGAAGUAGAAAACAUCAACAAUCCUCCAGAUUCCAGGAGUUGGAAUAGCUUAGCACGGAGCUGGCCUCACGGAGCUCGGUUUCUCUCUGUUAUUAUUUUAUUACACGAAGCGUUUACUAUUGCCGCAGACAUGUCGAUAAUAAACAAGCUGUUCGGAGGAGGAGGAAAAGGAGGAAAAGGUCCGAGUCCUCAGGAGGCGAUCCAGAAGCUCCGGGAGACGGAGGAGAUGCUAACCAAGAAGCAGGAAUUUCUGGAGAAGAAGAUCGAGCAGGAGCUGCAGAUCGCCAAGAAAAACGGCACGAAAAACAAAAGAGCGGCGCUGCAGGCUUUGAAAAGAAAGAAGCGAUACGAGAAGCAGCUGGCCCAGAUCGAUGGGACGCUGUCGACCAUCGAGUUCCAGAGGGAGGCUCUGGAGAACGCCAACACCAACACUGAAGUGCUCAAGAACCUGGGAUACGCUGCCAAGGCCAUGAAGUCCGCUCACGAAAACAUGGACAUCGAUAAGGUGGACGACCUGAUGCAGGACAUCACAGAGCAGCAGGAGCUCGCCCAGGAGAUCUCUGAUGCCAUCUCUAAACCCGUCGGCUUCGGGGAGGAGUUUGAUGAGGACGAGCUGCUGGCGGAGCUGGACGAGCUGGAACAGGAGGAGCUGGACAAGAACCUGCUGGAGAUCGGGGGUUCGGAGAACGUCCCCCUCCCCAACGUGCCUUCUACUUCGUUACCUUCCAGACCCGCCAAGAAAGAGGAGGAUGAGGACGACAUGGAGGACCUGCAGCGCUGGGCGAUGGAAGCCAUGUAGAUGCAGCAUCCUCAUCCUCACCUGCAUACUGUCAUCAGAGAGGGAAGAGGAAGGAACAGGGGAACACGAAUGGACUGAUAGGAUGUUGUGUACGAGUGUUUUUGUGUGUCUGAGGAGAGUCGACUGUCUACUUUAUGUAACACUAAACAAAAAAAAAGAAACAAUGCUGUAGUCUUUUCUUUUCCUGCUCCCUUCACAGGUCCAGAGACCCUCAGAGCCGGUCGGGGUCUUAGACUGAACCACGGCAAAGUUUUACCCUUGAUUUUAAUCCGAUAUUAGCACUUGGUGGAACAUUUCAGGGUUCAUGUGAGCUCUGUGGAGUUGUUGAUGAUUUGUUAACAUCUGCGGAUGACAGAUCUGUUUCAAACUCACAUAUUUACCUGUGUUUGUGGCGUUUAACUCGUUUAUUUUGUUCUUCCUUAACAACAUUUUGCUCCUUCCGUUUUGUUAAUCGCUCUACAGCUGAGCAUGCUCUUGAUGAAGAAGCUCCGAGAAUCAGAAGCUCGUUUGUUUUUCUUUCAGGCUACAUGCUUUCACACUCUCCCCUUCGCCUCCUGUCGCUGUUUUCAGCGACUUCUCACCAGUGGUUCUCGUUAUUCGGUGUAAAUAUCCCAAAUGUGUCUCUUUUUGUAUACUGUAUUUCUGCUGUCACCGAGGAGUUCGGUCGAGGUUGUGCGACGCAUGCAGCAAAACAGAUCACAUCGCACGGCUAGAAAGAGAGAUGUUUGACCUAACACUUUCAUCCUGCUCUGUCCGUCUCAGUCCUUCUCAUAAAGGUUUCGUUUCAAAUUGUAUAAUGUUAAAAAAAAAAGAAAAAAGUAAUAACACUAUUGUCACACCUUAUUAACUCCAUUCAGAAGAAGACGGUGGUUUAUAAAAGAUUAGAUUAUAGUCAAUCUACAAGGUUUUGGAGUUUGAAGAGUUAAUUCUUAGUUUUUCAAAGUCAUGAUGUACAUUUUUUACAUAGGAAAGAAAAAAACGUAACAUGAGGACAGAUGGACAAGCAUGUUUGCAUUUCUAUGUUUUAUUUAUCCAGAUGAGAAUAUUAUUUGCAAAAUCAUUAAAGGUUUUCAAUUCUU